CUGACUGACACCGCGCGUAGUCCUCUCUGCCCGUCAGUUGGGGUUCAGACCUCCGUCAGGAACCGUGGCGAGGAGGGCGUGGCUAAACAUCAUAAUAGCCCAAGAAUAAGGAGGAAGGGAAAGGAAUUAAAGAAGAAGGAAAACCGAGGAGCCCGCAGGAAGAGAGAGACGGAAGAUGGAGUCAAGAGGAGGAGGGUUAAGUCGCCUCCAAGUGCUUGUGGUGCUGCUGGCUACAGUCUGCAUGGCUUCUGCGAAAAUCUCCAAGAGACAGACAGUUUCGUUCGGGCUGCCCAACUUCAACUUCGGCGGCGGCAACGGCAGGCAGGACGGCAACAACCUCGGCUCCUUCAUCGGCGGAGCGAUCACCGGCUUCAUCAACGCCCAGACCAACAGACCCGACAGCGGCAACAACAACGGCGGCGGAGGCGGAGUCACGAUCAUCAACCCGUUUGAUUUAUUCCGGCCGAGUCAGGGGAAUAAUCAACCAACGACCAGUAGGCCUGUGGAUAAUAAUAAUAAUAAUCAAGGGAGCAAUCAAGGGAAUAAUCAAAACAACGGAAAUAACCAAGGAAACAGGCCGAAUGUCCUUGGGAAUUUCAACAUUGCCGGACUGCCCAUCCAGGUGACUGGGCAGAACGGAGGCAUUGGCAUCUCCUUCGGACAAAACAGUUGCGGCCCGGACAAUGGCGGCUGCGAGCAGGACUGCCGCAUCGUCCGCCGAAGACCCAGGUGCUCUUGUCGAGAGGGCUACCUGCGCAACCCCGACCGCCGCACCUGCUCCGACCUGAACGAGUGUCGCCAGAACAACGGCGGCUGCAGCGACAUCUGUAACAACACCCCCGGCUCCUUCACGUGCUCUUGUCGCCAGGGUGUUCUGCAGGACGACCAGAAGACUUGCUCGAGGGCGGUGGAGCACUGCGCGCUUAAUAACGGAGGGUGUUCUCAGAUCUGCUCUAUGAACGGAGGGCAGUUCGUGUCGUGCUUCUGUCAGCCUGGCUUCACGCUGGGGCCCGACAGGAAGACGUGCCUGCAGCUGGACCAGUGUGUGAGCAACAACGGAGGGUGUCAGGAGAUCUGCAGCAACACACAGAACGGUCCUACGUGCAGCUGUGGGCCGGGCAAGGUCCUAAACAACGACAGGAGGAGCUGCAGAGACCUGGACGAGUGCCAGUUCAACAACGGAGGAUGCCAGCAAAUCUGCACCAACACCGUCGGCUCCUUCACGUGUUCCUGCCGUAAUGGGUUCCAGCUCGUCGGGAACCAAUGCCAGUUCGUCAUUCGCCCACCAGUCACCACCACUACAACGACCACCACCACAACGACCACUCCUCGCCCAGUGGCCACGCCUCCUCCUGCUGUCACUGGCUGCGGAGUGAAUCCCAAGAAGUCUCUCUUCCGGCGCAUCGUGGGGGGCAAGCCGGCCGACCCGAAGGACUGGCCGUGGAUGGUCGCGCUCCUGCAGAGGGCCGGCAACACGCAGUACUGUGGUGGGACUCUCAUCACAGACCGCCACGUCCUCACCGCUGCUCACUGCCUCAGACCCUUCUCCGCCAACGAGAUCAUAGUGCGUCUCGGCGAGUACGACUUCGCAAGCACGGCUGACAACUCGCCCACUGACUUCGACGUAGCUGACAUCCGAAUGCACGAGAGGUACAACAAGGACACUCAGGAGAACGACAUCGCCAUCGUGAAGAUGAGUCGGCCGACCGCCUUCACCGAAUUCAUCUCGCCCGUCUGCCUGCCGCCCGUCGGGAGGUCCUUCGAGGGCAACCUGGGCUACGUCACAGGUUGGGGCACCAUCUACUUCGGCGGCCCCGUCAGCCAGACGCUGCAGGAGGUGAUCGUGCCCGUGUGGAGGCAGAGCGAGUGCACGGCGGCGUACCCCGGGCGGAUCCACGACGGCAUGAUGUGCGCCGGCAACAGGCAGGGCGGCCAGGACUCGUGCCAGGGAGACUCCGGAGGCCCAUUCCUCGUCCAGAUCCUGCCCUCGCGACGCUGGUAUAUCGCCGGUGUGGUAUCCUGGGGUAUCGAGUGUGCACGCGCUGACAAGCCCGGCGUCUACACGGAGGUCAGCAAGUAUAUUGACUGGAUAAAGAACAACGCCAUUUUCUAAAACGACUGGCGUUUGCUAAUGCUUCUGCGUCCCCCUAAGUAAUACACACUGCCCGAUACUUCGCGUGGUCAACUGUGCAUUUUUUUGAAGAGCAGGAAGAGUAAAUAAAAAAAUAUAUAUAUAUUUUCAGAACUUCGAUAUGAAAACACAUUGCAAGUGCAAUGGAGAGUGCACGAUAAUGGUGCUUGCAAUACAUAAAAUGGUUUCAUGUUAUAACGUUGGUAAGUGUUUUUUUUUCUCUCUCACAAUUGAAAGUGUAUUAGUGCUGCUCAAAUGAUAACGAAACAAGUAUUAUGGGCAGAUAAAAAGGCCUGUACAAGUAUACCUUGGUAAUAGUCGACAAGGAAAUGAUUUCUUGCAUACUGCAUAGAUCACCGCUGGAGUUGGUUAAGGGUUUCUUGUUACAAUAUGUAACACAUGAAAUGAAACGAAGCGGUGAAUUCCAGUAGAUUUAAUAGGUGGUUUUGCUAUUACGGUUAAUGGUUAAAUGUGUUCAGGAGUAAUACUUGAGUUUAGAUUAUGCAUAUGGCCAGUGCACCAACUUAUUAAUGACCACUAUAUCAUAGGGUAAAGGCAAUUUUAUGAUUAUACCUUAUACUUAAUUAUUUAACAUAUUAAUUAUAUGUUAGUACUGAUAAUUUUGUGAGGAUUUUUGUUAUGAAACAGACCAUUUUCGGCUCCGUCCAUCAAAGUGCAAUCAUUAAGAUAAAUCAGUGGCAAGUAUUUAUUUCAUAAAAGGUUGUUUCUCAUGAGUUCAUAUCCUGCGUGAUGGCCUCUUGGUGUUUUCGUCUUUUCGUUUUAGAUAAUUCUGAGUCUCUCUCAUUCCAUGACAUCAUCUUAUUUCUGACAUCACCCAGAUACACUGUACCUAAUUACCUUUCGCCAUACUGUCACCACAUUCCUGAAGACUCUUGUUCAAUACUUUGUACACUUCUGAUAAAUAAAAUUAAUAUAUGAA